ACGCAUGCGUUCAAUUUGCUUGACAACAACACGCUCUUUACGCAUUUGGACGCGGUUGGAAAUCGAAAAUGUCAGUUAUUAAACGUCAAGAUCUUUCAAAAUUGACAGAAAAGCUGUUAAAAAAGAAAGAAUGCAGAUUUGAAAAACAAGAAAUUGAAAAGUUGAUAACGAUGUUUGCCAACAUUACGGGUGGUAUAAAUAAUAGGUUGGAUCGCACCAAGUUUCGUGACAUUUUGCACAUCAGUUUCAACAUGACAGAUGAUAUCUUAAUGGACAGGGUAUUUAGGGCUUUUGAUCAAGACAGUGAUAAUUAUUUGAGUCAUGAUGAAUGGGUGCUGGGCCUGUCCACAUUUCUGAAAGGUGCCCAAGAUGACAAAAUCAAAUACUGUUUUAUUGUCUACGAUUUGAAUGGUGAUGGAUGGAUUUCCAGAGAAGAGAUGUUCCAACUUUUGAAAACCUCUAUUCUGAAACAUUCCUCUGAGGAAGACCAAGAUGAAAAUAUCAAGGAAUUGGUGGAGCUCAUUUUGAAAAAGAUGGACCACGACCACGAUAGUCGCCUGAGUAUGAGCGACUUCAAACAAGCAGUGGAAUCAGAAAUCCUUUUACUGGAGGCAUUUGGCCCAUGUUUACCCAGUCCAAAGGUUUGUUUCAGUUUACUGUUUAAUGCCAGCAACACAAUUCCAGGAACGAGCUGUUAAUGAGAUAUGACCUUUAUUUUAGUCUUGUUGACCAGUCGACCAUAGUUAUGACAAGUACUGUAUGGAUAUGAUACCAUGUUUGAUUAUUACACACCAAAUCCAAAGUUUGAACUGCAGAGAAUGUUCGUUUUUGAAACCAGAUCUAAAUUUUGGAAAUACAGAAAUCUGUCUCUGUGGUUUGGCCUGGAUUCAAGAAAUUUAUGUUGUGAAUAAGUGACUAUAUUGUACUAAUGCUUUGCUAUGGAAAAAUCAAGAAUCGGCAUUUAUCCAAGAUUCUGGUGAGCCAAUUUCAUUGGAAGAAAUGCUUAAUCAUAGGAUUUUGCAGAACAUAUGCAUUUAUAUUUGAAAAACUUUGUAUAUUUUGUGCAACUUGAAAAUCACCUAUUUAAUGCUCACAUUUAGUUUUUAUUUUUUAGCUUAGAGAUGCAUUUCUAGAAGAGCUCUCCCAGAAGGAGUCCAAGUAUUAGAGAAGUGGCGGGGCUGAUUUCAGGGGACCUCGUGAAAAUGCACUUGUUCACUGCUAUGUCAAAUUAUUUGUCAAAAAUGAAAUCAUAUUCAGAUACUGAUGGAGGGUCGUGUAUUAUGUGUAAAUCAGUACUGAUGUAACAUCACUGGUGUUCACACAUAUCAGAUUCAAGUUUUCAUCUCUAAACUCUUGGAAUGUAUACCUGUUAAAAACGAAGGUCGAUAGGAUGGGUGUUUGUUUCAGGGCGUGUUGUUUUGUUAUUGUUCUCGUUAUGGUUGAUUGACAUUAUAUUUAUAUUCAAUACGAACCUCUUUUCUAUAUUGUAUGAAAUACUCACUUUCAGGUGACGAAAGGUAUGAAAUAAUAACUAGUAAGAGCUAAUGUCAAAAAUAUUGUAGUUUGUGUUCAGACAGAUCUUUCUCUUGUUUUGUUCUAAUUGUUACAUGUACCUAUAUGUAUAGAAAAUAAAGAUUGAAAAUACAA